AGCCACACCUAAAGUUUCAGGAAGUUUAUUUUUUUUCUCUAAAGAGCCAGGAACAUCUUGGGCUGGAAACAAAUCCCACCAGCACAGUGAGGGAAGACCAUGUUUACUGUGUGUUCCUCUCGCUCUGUGAGCUGAGGGGCGAGGGGGCUGUGUGAAUGGAGUCCAGCUUUACUUUAAGGGAAAAUUUAAUGGGCAAUUAAUGUGCAAAGGAAGCAGUGUGUUGCAAGCCAGGCUGAGUCACACCAGAAGCCAUUGGGUUUUUGUCUGCAGUUGGAGUCUUUGUUGUCUUGUUGGCAGUUCUGUUCCUCUUCAUCAACAAAAAACUGUGCUUUGAGAAAAUUGGAGGCCUCCCAUGCCUUGAACUGAAGCGAGAAAGGAAGCGGGUACUCGAGAAAGCUGGAAUCCACAAGGGCCUCGUUCACACGAAAGUAACCGUUGACACACAUUAAAACAUUGGGACCACUGGUGAUGAAGGAGUGUGCUUUUUACUAGUUAUGGCUUCGGAAGAAAUUUCAAAGAAGGAUCCCACCACACAGUCUCUCUCAUCAUGGAUGUCUCAGAUGUCUGAAUCAUUCCAACAAGCUGGGAGCUCCAUUUCCACUGCAUUUCUAAAGCUAAAUCUUCACCAAGGUGCACCUAAUCAGACAUUGAACACUGGGCCACCAGGCUCCUCAACAAAAGCAGAGCAAGAGAGUCAGGAGCAUCAUUCUGUCCAGGUAACGGAUCCAGUUUUAAGUGCUGCUGACGAUGAACAAAAAUGUGCAGAACGUGAUUUACACGCAGCGUCGAGCGAUGAGUUGCAAACUUUGGAUUACCAGAACACUGAGGUAGGAACAUAUUCUAUUGAUGUUGAGACAAAUCAAAGUUUGCAAGAUGAAAACUUAAGGUUAUGCAAUGGAUUAGAUUCAACGGCUGGAAAGGACAUUGUGUAUACCGAAAUGGAUGCUUAUGACUCAGAAUCUUCUAGUGAUCUGGCUGCCAUUCCAGAAGAAAUUGAGAAGGUAAACGAUCAGGAUGGAUCCAGUCACAUCUAUGUCGAUAUUAUACCUGAACCAGUAUAUGAUGAUGUUGGAAAUUAUAUGGAAAAUAAGCCAGUGGACAGUUAUGGGGAUGAUCAGGAGCUGACGACAUCCACAGACAGCGAUGAAGAUGUGAUCAAGCAGUUUGAAUUCUCUGUGUCGAGGUCCCAGAGUUUCCGAUCGACAGUGUCAGAGAAGGUGACACGGGCGGGUUUAGAGCGUAGGCAGAAAUUUAAUCGUUUACCUUCAAAUCGUGAAGAGUUCAGCAGCGAGGCCUCUGACGUUGAAGAUAAACAGAAUCAGUUUAGCUUCCAAGAUAAUUGCUCUAAUGAAGAAGAUGCAUUGUCUAUGAUCUCAGCCGCUGGAUUUGAGGAUGGAGCCGAACAUCCAAAGACCUCUGAUGAAGCAGCUGGAUUUCCAGUCAAUAACGACAGGGUGCAGCAAACAGAGCCUCCUCCGGAUCAAGAGUCGAACUUUGAUAACCAGGCCUAUGAUGGAAAUGACCAGACUGAUAGUUCCCCGGCUUGGACUCCAGAGGAGGCAGAUGACAAGCCUGCAGCCCCUCAACAGCAGCAGGAGCCAACUGGACCAAUUUCAAAAUGUGGAGACCUCUUCGUCAUUUUCAAUUACAAACCCUCCGACCACAAACUGGACGUCACGAUAAUCACUGCGAAAGACAUCCCAGCCAAGGACAGGAGUGGAGCGAGCUCAUGGCAGGUACAUGCAGUCCUCCUGCCCAGCAAGAAGCAACGCUCCAAAACCAACAUCCAGCGGGGAAAAGAGCCCGUCUUCAACGAGACCUUAAGGUUUCACAAGUUGCCGCCAGAGGAGCUCCAUUGUUCUGCUCUGCGGUUCCGGCUGUAUGCCGUGAGGAAGAUGAAUCGGGUGAGAAUGAUGGGAGAGAAAGUGUUUCACCUCAAGAAUCUGAAUCAAGAGGGGGAAAUGGAAGUGCCCCUACUCCUGGAGCCAAGGAGUAACAUGAGUGGUGGAGAUUCACAGAUCAGCCUGUCUGCCUUCUCUCACAGCGACAGUGCUUCAUCAACACAAUCUCUCUCACAUGGUGGAGUUCCAGAACUACUUGUUGGCUUAUCGUACAACGCCACAACAGGACGGCUCUCUGUCGAAGUGAUCAAAGGUAGUCACUUUCGAAACUUGGCUCUCAACAGGCCGCCCGACACUUAUGCAAAACUCUCUCUCCUCAACUCAGUUGGGCAGGAGAUGUCCCGGUGCAAGACCUCAAUUCGACGUGGUCAGCCUAACCCAGUCUACAAGGAGACUUUCAUCUUUCAGGUCGCCCUUUUCCAGCUCUCGGAAGUCACGUUGAUGGUCUCGAUUUACAACCGGCGCAGUAUGAAGCGCAAGGAAAUGAUCGGAUGGAUUUCCAUGGGUCAGAACAGCAGCGGGGAAGAGGAACAAAAUCACUGGCUGGAGAUGAAGGAAUGUCAGAGCCACCAGAUGUGCAGAUGGCACACACUACUGGAAUCUUAAACCUGUUUCAGUUCAAUAAAGGACAGCUUUCGAGACCUUUUACCUGUGCAACAGGGUCUGUUGCGUUGCAAUGUUCAAACUCAUUGCUCAAACCGUAACUUUGCGAAUAAUCCAAGAAUUUAUUAUGUAUAGCAGAUUGCUUUCCGAGCAUGAGAAAUUCUUACAGAGAUUUAAAAGCUAUUUACGAGAGUUAAGUGCCUGUGGAGGAGCUAUGUCACUGAAAUAUAAUAACAUUAACAAAUCAGUAUUUAGGAUGAACAUGUAGUACAGAGGAACUGUUGCUAUAGAUGUAAGUGCAUGUUACAUUAACUCUUUAAUUGAUCAUUAGUUAGUGCCAAGCCAUGCAUGCAAAAAUAAUCUGGUUCUUUAUUUUCUUCCAGUGAAAGAUAAGCAAUCUAUAAUUUGUUGACAAAUGCAAAUACUAAAUAACACUGAUUUUAUUUUAAAAGAAAAAAAAUAUGCUUUACAAUAAUAAAAACAAACAAUGCAGAAUGAAGCAUCCCACUAGGAAUACUGUAUCAGAGUCUAGAAUACCCAAAGCAGGCAUGAUGAAAACUGGCUGUGAUGCAGCUUUGAAUCAUUACAGUGUUUACAGAUCACUAUACAUCACUACUUGUCACCUGAAGCAGCUCUCUGCAAAUUGUAUGUUAUUUGCUGUUGUCGCCAGUGCUAAACAUUAGAUUAUCACAUUUUUAUGGCUUUUGAUGAUUCAACUCCCAGUACUGCAUAAAUAAACACUGUUGUGCUUGCCAUCAGACUCAUUUGAAAGUAAAACACGGCUCUUUCUGAGAUGAAUGUCAAGAUGAGAUAAAUCCAAAAGGCGUUUCUAUUUUAUGUAGAUUCAACCAACAACGCAUAAAUUUACUCCUCUACUUUGCAAUUUUCUUCAGUCUGACUGGAGAUGACAAAAGACUUUGCCUAUGCAAAACUAUGGUAGGAAUACAAUACUACUGUAGGAAUGGUGUCCUUGAGUCAUAGCGUGAAAACAGACCCUUUGGCCCAACUUUCUCAUGCCGAACAAUAUGCCCCAUCUGCAUUAGUCUCGCCUGCCUGCGUUUGGUCCAUAUCCCUUUAAACCUAUUCUAUCCAUGUACCUUAACCCCGAUACUUUAAGUGUGGCCUCACCAAUAUCUUGUACAACUGUAAUAUGACCUCCCAAUAUGUGUAGGAAGGAACUGCAGAUGCUGGUUUACUCAAUACUUUAUACACAAUGCUCUGACUGAUGACUUUCAAGGAACUAUGUGCCUGCACUCCUAGAUCUCUCUGCUUUACAACACUCCCCAGAGCCCUGCCACUCACUGUGUAGUUCCAGCCCUAGUUUGACUUUCCAAAUUGUAGCACCUUGCACUUCUCUGUAUUAAGCUCCAUUAACCAUUAUUCAGCCCGGCUGUUCAACCGAUCAAGAUCCUGUUGUUAUUUUUCACAACCAACUUCGCUAUCUACUAUACCACCCAUUUUAGUGUCAUCUGCAAACUUAGUAAUCAUGCCUUGUACAUUCUCAUCUAAAUCAUUAACAUCGAUGACAAACAGCAAUGGGCCCAGCACUGAACCAUGAGGCACAUCACUAGUCACAGGCCCCCAGACCAUAAAUCAAUCAUCCACCAUCAUCCCCUGCUUCCUUCCAUGAAGCCAAUUUUCUAUCCAGUCAGCUAGCUCUCAUUGGAUCCCAUGCAAUCUAACCUUCCAGAACAGAACAUUGUCAAAUGUCUUGCUGAAAUCCAUAUAUAUGAUGUCUAUGGCACUGCCCUCAUCAACUGUUUUGGUCACAUCCUCAAAAAGCUCAAUCAGAUUUGUGAGACAAGAUCUCCCAUUACAAAAUCAUGCUAACCAUCCAUAAUCAGCUCCCGCUCAUCUAAAUGCAUGUUUAUCUUAUCCAUUAGAAUACUCUCUAGUAACUUUCCAAGCACAGAUGUUAGAUUCACUGGCUUGUAGUUCCCAGGCUUUUUACUGCUGCCCUUCUUAAAUAGAGACACAAUAUUUGCCACCCUUCAGUCUGCUGGCACCUCACUCAUAUUUGAUGAUAACUCAUAAAUCUCAACCAGAGCACCUGCAAUUUUCUCUCUAGCUUUCCACUCUGUCCUCAGAUAUAUCUGGUCAGGCACGGAGGAUUUGUCUACUUUCAUGCCCAUUAGGACCUCCAGCACCUCUUUGACCGUAAUACUGACUGCCUUCAGGACACUUCCAUUGACUGCCCCCUGUUCCCUAGUCCUCAUGCCUUUCUCCACGGUAAUAACAGAGGAGAAAUACUCAUGGAGGACCUUGCCCAUCUCCUGUGGCUCCAUACAGAGUUGAACGUGCUGAUUCCUGAGGGGCCCCAUUCUUUUUCCAGUUACCUUUUUUCCCCUAAUAUGUUUAUAAAAUCUCUUGGGAUUAUCCUUAAUACCAUCUGCUGGAGCUAUCUCCUGUCCCCUUUUUACCUCCCGAUUUCUUUUUUAACUUGCUCCUCAGCUCCUGAAACUCCUCCAGGGAUGCACUUGAUCCCGGAUGUUUAUACUGCUUACCUGCCCCUUGCCUCCUUCUUAUUCUUGACCAGAGCCUUAUUUCACUCAUCACAAUACAGUUGAAUUCAGAAAGUUUAGGUCAUUUGGCUAAACACAAGUCUGUUAGGUUCACAAUGCACAUGUCUUGAGAAUGGCUUCACCUUGCGCUAAUACAUCUUUCAAACAAUUACAAUCAACAGGAGACCAAUGACUUUACAACAAUGCUAAUGCUGAAACAGUCUGAAGUGUGGAAACAGUCUAUUUGGUCUAUCAGUUUUGUACCUUGUGUUUUUCUUCAUGUGAACUGUGGUAGUCAAUUUUCUGGCAUUUAACACACUUAUUUCUCAAGCAGUUAUUUGAUUUCUUUGAAAAAAUGGUGAACUUUGCUUCAAAAUAACUUUUAGGGAUGUUUCAGUCUCAUGAAGAGUAAAAGCCCAAAACGUCUGGCCAUUUCCUCCACAAAUGCUGCUUAACCUGCUGAAUUCGUCCAGCACUUUUUAUUUUGUGAGAGAGUUGUUUGAUUCCAGUAAAGAAUAAAUUGUGUCUCUUCUAUCACAUUGCAUUGUCCACAUUGUUGCCGCCCCCUUUUCUGCUCUUCCGAGUUUCUACAUUUUCUCUUCACUGUUUCUCUCAAUCUGUAUGCUCAUGAUGUCAUUGUCAAUGAACACAAAUGAAAUUUUCAUGCUUUUGUAAAUAAAAGUUGUUGUGAUGGAU